AUGGAACUUGCUGAGUCAUUUAUCAAAGUCGACGGCACUAGGUUUACUCUAAACAGUAAAUCAUAUUAUGUGAUUGGAGCGAACUACUGGCAGGCCAUGAACCUUGGAAUGGAAAAAGGGAAUCGGUCUAGAGUGUUGAAAGAUCUAGAAACUUUAAAAGAGAAUGGAAUUAAUUGUAUAAGAAUUAUGGCUGCAAGUGAAGGACCUCCAGGUGAACCUUAUAGGAUGUAUCCCGCAUUGAUGAAUGCACCGGGAGAAUAUGAUGAAUCUGUCUUUCAAG